GGAGCCGCCGGAGCCCGGCCGCCCGUAGCGCGGGGUUUCUGCAAGUCAUCCGCCCACCGCCGCCCUGCCCCGGCCCCGCUCCGAGGACCCCGGUCGGAUUUGUUGGGGUUUUGUGCUUUUUGCUCUUUGCUUCUUCCUUCCCUCCCCGCCGUGCUGUGUGUAGCGGCUCCUCUCGUCACCUGCCGUGGUUAACUUUCCUGUGACUCGGUUUAACUCUUGAGAUCUCCGUGGAUGUCGCUAAGAGCACUUUCCUUGCCUUUGCUGCCCCUUGCCGGGACCGGAUCUGGUGCUAACCGGGCUCCGUGUGCCUGUGUGCGUGUUCUGAGUGUCCUGAGGUGUUGCUUUCCUGUACAGAGCUGUGCGUUACUUGUAACCAAGACCCGUGAAGGAUCGUAGGCUUGGCUUGACCUUGAUUUUGAUGGCUUUGUCGGAAGAUCUGAUGAUGUGAUUGCAUUUCGUGAAGUGAUUGCUCUCCAGCCCCUAUGGCUUAGGAUACAAGCCACUUCUGCCACACAGUUACUCAUGGACAAUUCCUAAUUUUUUUAGACAAACCUUUUUUUUUCUUUUCUUUUCUUUUUUUUUUUUUUUUUUCGUUUCCUCACUUUCCUUUCACCCCAUUUCUCCUUAAUGUUGGGAGCCUUAUUCUACACUUUGCCGUGAUCGACCGUCCUGCUGCUCCUUGCUGUUGGUUUCUUUUUUAAAAUACAAUGGCUCUUAGUGGCAACUGCAGGACUUACCUUCCUGCUCGGGAGCAAGGGACCGGGCUGCACUCCUUCCCGGAGGUCGUGGAGCUAAACGUGGGUGGCCAGGUUUACUUCACUCGCCACUCCACCUUGGUUGGCACCCCUCACUCCCUGCUGUGGAAAAUGUUCACCCCAAAAAGAGACACAGCCAACGAUCUGGCUAAGGACUCCAAGGGAAGAUUCUUCAUCGACAGAGAUGGCUUUCUUUUCCGCUAUAUUCUGGACUAUCUCAGGGACAAGCAAGUGGUUCUGCCCGACCACUUCCCGGAGAAGGGAAGGCUCAAGAGGGAGGCUGAGUACUUCCAGCUCCCGGACCUGGUCAAACUGCUGACUCCCGAUGACAGCAAGCAAAGCCCCGACGAUUAUUGCCACAGUGACUAUGAAGAGGUCUCCCAAGGCAGUGACACGAGAAUAUGCCCACCCUCGUCGCUCUUACCGUCGGAUCGGAAGUGGGGAUUCAUUACCAUUGGGUACCGGGGGUCGUGCACUAUUGGCAGGGAGAGCCAAGCAGAUGCCAAAUUCAGGAGGGUCCCAAGGAUUUUGGUUUGUGGAAGGAUUGCUCUGGUCAAAGAGGUCUUUGGAGAAAGUUUGAAUGAAAGCAGAGACCCAGACAGAGCUCCAGAAAGGUACACCUCCAGGUUUUAUCUCAAGUUCAAGCAUCUGGAGAGGGCUUUCGACAUGUUAUCUGAGUGUGGAUUCCACAUGGUGGCCUGCAACUCCUCUGUGACGGCUUCCUUUGUCAGUCAGUACACUGACGACAAGGUCUGGUCCAGCUACACUGAAUACGUCUUCUACCGUGAGCCAUCCCGCUGGUCCUCAUCCCACUGCGACUGCUGCUGCAAGAACGGCAAAGGCGACAAGGAGGGCGAGAGCGGCACAUCCUGCAACGAGCUGUCGACAUCCAGCUGUGACAGCCAGUCGGAGGCCAGCUCCCCGCAGGAGACCGUCAUCUGCGGCCCUGUCACGCGCCAGCCCAACAUACAGACUCUGGACCGGCCGGCCAAGAAGGGCCCGGUGCAGCUGCUGCAGCAGUCCGAGAGCCGGCGGAAGAGCGACCUGCUGCGGACUCUCACCUCGGGCUCCAGGGAGUCCAACUCCAGCAAGAAGAAGGCGGUGAAGGAGAAGCUCUCCAUCGAGGAGGAGCUAGAGAAAUGCAUCCAGGAUUUCCUCAAAAUCAAAAUCCCAGACAGGUUUCCGGAAAGAAAGCAUCCCUGGCAAUCGGAACUGCUGCGGAAGUACCACCUAUAGGCUCUGGGCAGGAAGGCGUGGAGCCUUAUUGCCAUUAGAGCGAGAUACUAAGUGAUACAAAAAUAAUUCCCAACAAUAAUUAUUUGUUAGGUCACAAAAAAAAGAAAUCCAUCUCUAGUACUGCCUAAUUUGCCUAUUUCACCUUAACAUUUAUAGUCAUAGGGUAACAAUUUUUCCAGUCGUGGAAGCACAAUGACAAACGCUUUUAUUUGCAAACUCUGAGUCUUACACAAGCUGAAUACCUUAAGGGCACAACAAUACCGACAACACAAGAUGCUCGUGUGCAGAUGCUGCUGGUGCCAGUGGGAACCUAGCAGGCAGCGGCCGGGCGGCGCGUGGCUGCGUGCCUUCUGCAUCCUCCUGCUAGCUCGGUGGUUUAGAGGGAUGUGCACUGCUCAAAGAAGCAAGUUAUGCCAUGGCAGUUUACCUUAAGCACGUGUAUAUAUAUAUAUGUGCAUAUAUAUAUAUGUGUGUAUAUAUAUCUCUGUGUAUAUAUAUAUGUAUAUAUAUAUAUCGAUAUAUAUUGCUUAAAGAUUUUCUGGCUCUCUCCUUGUAACUGCACUUUCUCAGAAAAGAGCAUUUUUUUAGCAGCUGUAGAUGUUCCAGUUCUUCUUCAGGUCUUUGAGGGUUGAAUAGUAAAGAAACCCCAGGAGAAACCCCAUCACGCUGCCUCUCACUCUCUUUCUCUUUUUCCCCUUCUCUGAGACACUGUAAAUGCAUUUCAGUGGAGACCAGGGACAAGUGUGUGGGUCUUUGUUGCCAUCAGCAAAAUAUUCCAUUUGUUUCUGGUGAGCUCAUUCCAUCUGUGUCCUCCCCACGCCUCUUGUUGUGUUCCUCAAGGCUUUCUGGUGACAGCGGGCUGAACCUGUAAUGAUUCCACUGGAAAGACAGAGGAACGUUUCCAGGCGGAGCGAGGGCAGGUGAAGCAGCAGCGCGGUGAGGAUGGCGGGUCUCUGCCCGCCUCCCAGGCACGUUUGCCAGCAGUGCUUGGCUCGAGCCGGCAGGGCGAGCAGACGCUCAGUCCCAUCCAGCACAGAAGCAAAUACAAGAAAUUAUCAGCCUAACAAGAUACGUUUAAUGCUUUAACUGGCAGGGAAUCAAUUGCUAGAGGACAGGAGCAGCGCUGUUGCAGCUACAUGCAUUUCAAGAGAAAAUUGAAAAUCAAGAAGGACGUAGCCAUAUUCCGUGACAGAGGUGCUGUCUGCAUUCAGGUCCUGUUCAUGGCCCGUGGCAUGAGCCAGCAACUGCGCUGAGCAUGCCCCGGGGCCCACAGGGACGUGGGAGCCCAAGGAAGGGCAGCGGGUGCACGUGCAAGGAGCCAGCAGCAGGGGCUGGGGAGCAGAGAGCCCUGCGACUAGGGUCUGAGCUCCGUGGGGAGCCCAGGGUGCUGGGGCUGGCCGGGGGGCUGCGGAAGAGUGAACUGCUCCAGACAGCUGGCUUUGGUUGGAACGAGCCGUUAGAGUACUUGAGAGAAAUUAUUCAUUUUCUAAAGGCAGAAAAGGAAGGAUACAUAUAUAUGGGAACAGAUAGUGCUGGUAACAAACCACUUUGGUUCUGACUUAUUUAGCAUCCUCCAGGUUCCAGAGCUCUUGAAUUUCAGACUGCUAUGGGAGAUGAUGUCAAGUGUGCACAAAUUAUUUCUGCUGAUCUUAAUGCAGUUUCAGUAAGGUGGUUCUUUUGUGCUCGUAAGGCUCUGUUGUUGCCACCCAACGGGCAAGGGAGUUUUUGUUUUGCCAGAAGGUCCUAAGGUCCACAUGAGCAGAGCUUCAUACUCAUCGCUUGGCUGCAGAUGUCAAGCAGGAGUUUAUUGGUGAGGAUGCAAAUUCUACCAGCAAAUAAAGGAAGCAAUACGUGUCCAGAGCGAUCCUUAAGCACAAGCUGGCUGCAAGGAGGGGAACAAAACCUCCCAGCGAUACCUCUCCACGUCAUUGGAGAGCACAGUUUGGAAGUGGCAGCUUGGCAUCAUCUCUGCUGUGGUUUUUACCAAGAUUUUACAUGUGAGAUGUUCGUAUCUGCCUCCUCUUAGCAGUUUGUUGGUUUAUAACAUUUCCCCCCUGCCCUGGCACCAAGGCACAGUUUUAACAGGACUGGGGAGCAAAUGGGGCUCUCCCACAGGAUUUCCAGCCAUGUGCGCAGUUCAGGGUGGAUCAUGCAGCUGAAACCUUGCAGCUUCUCUCACUUCAGGGCAUUCCCUGGCUCCUUUUCACAUCAUAAGUAUUUGGGCUAUAAAAUACAAGUGACAGGGUGAAAGAAUGGUGCUGGGUGUGAACGUGUGUGCCUUCCCAGAGAGACGCUGGGGGUGCACAGGGCUGCAGGAUGAUUAAUAACUGUGG